UGCCCUUUUUAUCUUUUACCUCUCUCUGUGUGAGCGCAGCGGCCAGCGGCGGGCUGAGAUCUGUACUUUCCAGGAGCAGCGACAGCGCCAUGGGUCUGCUCAGCUUUCUGAGUGCCAUCAUCACCAGAGCUUUGUUCAUCCUGCUUUCACUGGUCGCCGUCUGGAGGGUGAUAUGGGUCAAAAAACAUCCGUACUACUGGCUGCUGACUUUGCUCUUUCUGCCACUUGUUGUUGAAAUGAUAAUAACACUGAGGAAGCGAAAAGGACUGGAUUACAAAUGGUUUUCUCCCACAAUUUUUCUGUUUCUCAUCAGCAUCAUUCCCUCCAUCUGGAUCCUGGAACUCCACCACCAGCAGAACAGAGAGCAGGAGGGCAAGUGCAAUUAUGAAUCUUUCACACAAAUUUGGCAACCUGGCAUGAAUGACUCGUCAGGAAACAGCACAAUAAGUGAUAGCUUGAAGAGAUUUCGCGACGUGUUGUCAAAUUUCUGCCAGGACAGCUGGAUCCUUGCUCUUCAUCAGAUUCUGCUCAUCCUUCUCAUCAUAGGGAAGUGGCUUCUCCCUUUAGGAGGCGGGAUCACAAGAGAUCAGCUCUCUCAGCUUCUGCUCAUUUUUGUUGGCACGGCGGCGGACAUCCUCGAGUUUAACAGUGAGACGCUGAGCGAUGUAAAAGAGAACAGUCGUGAGCUGGUUUACGUCAUUUUAGGUGUCUGGACUUGGAGCAUGCUGCAGUUCCCCUGUCAUCUGUGUGGUCAGUAUCCUGAUGAGAGCCUCCAGGGAGACUCCCUCUGGUCCAAUCGCAGCACCGACCUGUGGAGCAUCGUGGAGACGCUGUUUAUCCACGACGGCCCCUUCCUGGUGGUCCGGCUCAUUGUCAUGAUACAGUUUGGUACUUUUCACCAAAUGCUUGUUUUCUUUGCCUUUAAAAACUUCCUGGUUGUCAUCCUGAAUAUAUACAGGCUGUGUGUUUUAUACCAUGACUUUAAGUCGUCCGUGCACAGCCCAGUGGGGGACGGCGCAGACUGAAGAGUCAGAUGAGUCAUCGCUGAGACGGGUUAGAGACAAGGAAAAUAUCAGACCUCAGACCUAAGAUGAUGCAAAGAUACAAGACGGGUAGAAAUUUCAUGUGAAGCAGGAAAAGAAGCAAAUGUAUGCUUCU